UAGAGCAGAGCGCGUACACCGCGAUGCUUUGCAGUGUUGCUGACAUUGCUCUAUCCAUUGGUUUUAAAGUUAUUUUUGUUCAAGUACUUCAUUCUGCAGCGAUUGUUAUAGUUGGUGCAGCACUGCCUCCCGGCGCAGGUGGAUUUUUAAUAGAGUGCAAAAUAGACGGUGGUUUAUAACAGAGUUGUGGAGAAAUCCUGGAAACUUCACUAGAUUGAAUGCCCCCAGAAGACGAAAUUGUCCUGAUUGAACACCUCCCUGGACGUCGAGUUCAUCUUGAGGACUUUUUCUGGACCGGUGCCGAGGACGCACCACCAUGGCUGGAUCCAGACCAAACCCUUACCUUUUACGAGACCCGAACAAUUCAUCAUACAGCGACAGUUUUGGUCCCUGGCGAGGGCAUCGUCCCAGGGCCAAGCGAAAAUAUUCCUAGUGUUGCCCCCCAAGAUCCGACCUGUACGAACUGUAUCGAGCCCACCCCCACGCUAGUUGACCCUGACCAGGACAUUGGUAUUCUAGUAGGUGACGAUCCUGGUCCUAGAUAUUGGUUACUAACCGUUCUUCGUUCCGGUGAAAGCAUACCGUCAAAAGUGGAACUGAGAUUGGCUCGUUUAUACCGGGCGGCAUUUGCCAGACAACAACAGCGUCAUCUUGGCCUUUUAUCUACCGAUCCUCGUUUGCGUAGAGCCACAAAACGACGAUUAAUUACAGCGAACACGAAGAGUAUAUUAAAGACUCCAAACGACUCGGCGGAAAAAAUUACAAGCAUCGACAGUCUGUCAUUAGUAACAGAAGCAUCAUCAAGUCUUCAAGUGAAAAAUGAAGGCGUACGUAUGAAAGAAUUCAAAAUCUCCAACGAUUACAAAUUUAUCAUUGAUAGCCCUGACAUCGAUCAAACAACUGAAUUCCCUAAAUUACGGAAAAGUAGUGAUGUCUUGCCGAACUUUCAAGCACAUCCUUUACAAUCUCCAAAGGAAAAUACUAAAAUAACACCUAUCCCGGACACUAUUCAAGUAAUGGAGAAUACAGAAGAAUAUUCUUCAUUGAGUAAAGAAUAUCUUUCAACUGCUAGAAUUGCAGGAAUUCCCCAAUACCUAAUCGGUAUAAAUUCUCAAUUUCAUGGUGACAUGAGUGAUGCAGAUGAGAAUUUGAAACCAACAAUUCAUAAUGCAAAAGAUGAAGUCAUUGGAUUGAAAAAGACCAAUGAGAAGGCUGAGGAAAAUGGUACAGAGGUAAUGAGAGAGCCGCAAUUGGCAAAGUUGAACUCGACCAAUUUCAGACUGAGAACGUCGGGUAUGGUUCAGGUGAGAAUGCAGAAUACAACUGUUUUGGAAGAUGGAUCAACGAGGCUAAUUUAUUCGGUGCAUUUAGGAGGAAAACCCGUGCCCGCUGAGACAGCGGCCAAAGACAUGUCACUGUUAUCCCCUCAGGAGGUUGCAUUGGAGCUGGGUGCACCAGUCAUCAUUCAGAGUGAACCAUAUUUAAAAGAAUCUCGGCCAUUAGCACUCUCGAGGAGGAGAGAUGCUUGGUUGCUUAUUGGGGCUGCCAGUGUCGCACUUAUUCUUCUUCUUGUUCUUGCGGGAAUUAUUUUAGCACUGAAGCGAAAAAAAGCACACAGUGCUGUUUCAGCACCACCUACGCAAAGUAUUUUGAAGAAAGAGAGGGUAGGAUAUACUCCAACUACCCCCGGACUCGACAAUACGGGUUAUACUUCGGAAACUGAGGGGAGGACAGAGGGUACCAGUCAGAGACCGACGCCGGGGAGUAUUUCGAGGUCUCCGGCCACGCCAAUCACUCCGGAUACCUUUGACGAAGAUAUUCAUGAGUUAUCCAGUGACAACACUGAUGAUAAAGAAGAAGGUGACGUGAAAAAGCAGGGCCACGAGCAUUGGGAUAUCGAGGAAUAUUCUUUAUCAGGGAAAAAAUCUCGGACUGGAAGGCCGCGAAUGACGCGGACAAAUGCAAUAGAAACCACUGGUAGUCCUGACUCUCUUAACACAAUGGUUGAUCAUCCCCAGCAUCGAGAUUCCCUCGAAAAUGGUUGUAUUCAUCUUCUCGAGGAAACUGCCUCCCCACAUUCUUACUUAUCAAUGCCAUCCUGCAAGCUAUUUCCCAGUAUGCGAAGUGUUGAACCAUUGUCGAGGAUUCUCGAACCAGUUGUUGUGAGACACUUGGACAUGGAAUUUGAAACACCCGAGAUGUCAAGGAGAGGAAAUGGAUUCAGUCAGAGAGAUUCCGGGGAUGAAUUAUUAGGGAGAACUAGGAGUGCUCUUAAGGAUCCGGGUGUUGUUGGACCAAUUGUUUGGGAUUUGAGGAGACAAAGAGCUGUCGAAGAAAGCUUGACAUCAGAGACGGACGUCGAGCGUCAAGCGCCGUCGUCCGGGCCAGUAGGUCGAGCAAGGAGAAGACUCCACGAGCUCCUCGAGGAUUCAUUCAGCCUCUUCAGCACGAGAGAGGUCAAACAAAGAGACGCAGCACCAGUAUCUUCUACAUUGCAUCCGCGUUCGGCGGCGUUAACACCCGAUCGCAUUACAACGCAGUCGGUAUCGAGAGGGAAAUCGGCCCACGUGAGUCCCGUAGGAAGUCCCAUAGACAGCCUAAAAAAUCGUCCACGCACCUCAGUAUCCCGCAACGACCAAGAAGUAAUUCCCGAAACCGGAAAUAUGGGACCACCAGCGAGAGGUGCGUGGGGUUCGAGGCCGAUGAGUGCGGGCCCAUUUCAUCGUCCCAAUUUACCAGAGGUAGAUGUAACAAGAGUACUUGCCGAUUCCCAAUUAGCACCCGAAGAUCCAGCAGUUCCUCUGAUUGCCGCUAUUAGAAAAGAGUUGGAGAAAUUUACACCGGAGGGGAUUUAAUUGUCAUGUAGAUUAAAAUUUAUUCAGUAUUCACAAUCACUUAUUUGGUUACUAUUGUUUAAAUUUUAUAAUAGAUUCAUUCUAUCAUUCAACAUUGUAUAUAUAAGUCAUCGUGGUUACUCUUUCUACUGGACUAGAAUAUUUUUCAAUACUUGAUGGAAAAUUAUUGAAAUAAAGAUUCAUCAUUGACA